AUGUCUGUUUCUACCUCCUGGUCCCAGUAUCCUUGUGUCCUGCUGCUGACCCUCCUGCUGGGACUCGCAGGAGCAGCUGAACCAGAGCUGCAGGUGAUUCAGCCUGAGACGUCAGUGUCUGUCGCUGCUGGAGAGUCGGCCACUCUGCACUGCACUGUGACCUCCCUGCUCCCCGUGGGGCCCAUUGAGUGGUUUAAGGGGUCAGGACCAGACCGGGAGACAAUCUACAAGUUCAAACAAGGCCACUUCCCCCGAGUCACAAAAGUCUCAGAUAUCACACUGAGGGAAAACAGGGACUUUUCCAUCUGCAUCAGGAACGUCACCCCAGCAGAUGCUGGCACCUACUACUGUGUGAAGUUCCAGAAAACCAGCAAUGAAAACAAGGAGGUUCAGUCUGGACCAGGCACCGAACUGUCUGUGCGAGCCAGACCUUCUCCCCCCGAGGUGUCGGGUCCUGCGACCAGGGCCACACCUGGGCAGACAGUGAGCUUCACCUGCGAGUCCCACGGCUUCUCCCCCCGCAGCAUCACCCUGAAGUGGUUCAAAAAUGGGAACGAGCUCUCCCACAUCCAGACCAGCGUGGACCCCGCAGGAGAAAGCGUGUCCUACAGGGUGUCCAGCACAGCCCAGGUGACCCUGGCCCCCGGGGACGUCCACUCUCAGGUCAUCUGCGAGGUGGCCCACGUCACCCUGCAGGGGGGGCCUCCUCUUCGUGGGACUGCCAACUUGUCUGACACCAUCCGAGUUCCACCCACUGUGGAGGUCACCCCACUGCCCACAAUGGCAGGGAAUCAGGUGAACGUCACCUGCCAGGUGAAGAAGUUCUACCCCCGGAGCCUACAGCUGACCUGGGUGGAGAAUGGAAACGUGUCCCGGACAGAAACGGCCUCGACCCUCUCAGAGAACAAGGACGGGACCUACAACCUGAUCAGCUGGCUGCUGGUGAACCCGUCUGUGCACAGGGAGGACGUGACCUUCACCUGCCGGGUGGAGCAUGAUGGGCAGCCGGCCACCACCAGAAACUGCACCCUGCAGGUCUCUGCAGGCUCCAAGGAGCAUGGCCUGGACCACGCCCCCUCUGGAACAGUGAAGUCUACACUUGCUUCAUAUCUCAUAGCCCUGUUCCUGGGCCCCAAGAUCCUACUGGCAGUUGGUAUCUCUGCCAUCUACAUCCACAGGAAGCAGAAGUCUGACUGAGCCCUGGGACCUGCCUCUGGGCAGCAGCUCCUGACCCCUCCUCAGAAGGUGAUGAAGAAGCAAAACUGAACACGUCAGGAUGGCUCUCCUCCACUGCCUUUGGGUGGCCAUCAAGCACCCCAUGUCCUCUGCCUUUUUUGUUGCCUAUCCCUCCUCCCCUGCCUUCUGAGGAUCUCAAAAGGAACUCAUUCUGUUUGAAUAAGAAGAAUUAUUCUCGUUUUUCUUUACCUAAGUGUCCAAUGCCUCAAACCCAGAAAAAAAACAUAAGGUUCCCCUAACCUGAAUGAUUUUCUCCUUAGCACUUACAAACAUCAGUAUUGUCCUGCAUAAAGACAGUCAUCGCUCGCCACGGAAGAGCAAAACUGUAAAAUGACCUGCAAACUGAAACCCUGGGAUGCCAUCUCCAUGGUGAUCAUGAAAAUAAAUGAUCGUUCUUCCACCUCUUCAGUGUCUGUCAAAAUAUUAAAAACACUCCAUGGAUCUGUUAAAUGUCAGUUUAAAUAUAUAGGGAAACAUAAA